AUGAGGCGUGAUUUUGUAAGAAGAGUCGUUUCUGUCACCUUAUCUCGCAUUGGGUACAACGUAGGAUGUUACCCGCAACUAUAUGUGGCAAUUUCCUUCAUACUUUCAAUUGUGUUUGCGACUGGAGUAUUGAAUAUAUCACCUUCGAAGGACAUAGAAUAUCUUUAUGUACCAUCCGAUGCAAGAAUUAAAACAGACAGAGCAGCAAUCGAAUCAAUAUUUUCCACAAACAAGUCAGAGUGCGAUUACAGAAGAUUAUCUAGAUUCGAAGGAACUGUAGCCAUACAAGUAACAUCAAAAUAUGAAAAUUCCAUGUUAGAAGAAACAAUACUUGAAGAGGUCAUCAAACUUGACAAAAUUAUACGAAAUGUCAGUUUUCUAUGGAAUAACGCAUUCGUUCGUUAUGAAGACAUAUGUUGUAAGCCGGAUGGGAUUACUUGCCACGAAAAUUAUGUUUUAUCUUUUAAAGGAAAGGCAGAUGACAUGAAGAAAGGAAUACACAAUGUCAAAUAUCCAGUUGACAAAAUACGUGGAAACGUAGUAGUCUCCGGUUUUGAACUUGGAGGAGUCACUAUAAAUAAGGAAAAUAUGGUUCGAGAUUUCAAGGCAAUUAGACUGUAUUAUCCACUGGAGAGUGCCACAGAAGAGAAGAAAGAUAUGGCACUGAAAUGGGAAGAAUCGCUUUUAGAGACAUUAACCAAAGUUAAUUUGAAUAAUAUUGAAGUUUAUAAGUUCCUUAGCCAGUCUGUCAAUAACGAAAUUAACCGUAUUGGCGAAAGUAUUUUUUCUAUCAUGGUUAUUUCUGCUCCAAUUAUGCUGAUAUUUGCGGCAGUUUCUUGCUUAUCGACUGAUGUUCUGUGCAGUAAGCCUUGGUUAGGUAUUGCUGGUUGUGUAUCACCUUUCAUAUCCACUGUAGCCGCAUUUGGACUACUGACAUACUGCAAAGUAAAUUACUUUGCAUUGAACGCCAUAAUUCUUUUUCUGAUGCUAGAUGAGGAACCAAUAGGGUUUAUUGUUCGAUUUUACAAUGAAUGGUGUAUUGGCAUGAGUGUAUGCUCCAGUUCUUUCUAA